CCCGUCAGCUUUUCUCUCGCCGCGGUUUCCACACGGUCAUAUUUGACAGCGGGACCAGCGCAGAGCAGCCGUAGCUAUGGCUAAAAGUGAUGGAGGCGAUUACUUUAAAAGAACCAGCCUGUUCUGGAUCGUGUCCGUGACAUUCGGGAUGGGAUAUUUUACUUGCAUCGUGUUCGCGCCAGAGAAAAUCCCAUUCCAGCUCCUCGGUCCGUUCGGCAGCUUCUGCAGAUACCUCGUGGAUAAUCAUGCUGACAUCAUGUACAAAGGGUGGUGGGCAGCCUGGGCUAUUCAUGUCUUGGAGGCCUUUAUUUCUCUGAAGGUGUGCAGUAACAAAGGUGUCGACAGCACGGCCACUCGCUGCCUGUGGUUCUUCCAGACCUUCCUGUUCGGCUUCGCCUCCCUCGGCCUGCUCCUCAAGUACAACCCCGAGCGUCCCAAACACCACUGACCAGGAGCCUCCAACACUGCACCAGCUGAACUUCACCAGCUGCCUCCUCGUGCCUCUUCUUCCUCUGUGAUGGAGGGAAACACUUUUCUUUUAUAGUGUUUAACACUAAAGUAUUGAAGUGGAGACUUUGACAGAGACAAUAUUUCUCAGUUCAUUCCAUAGCUCUAACCUGCAGACAGCUGUUGGACCUUACAGAUCAUAUUUUAAUGUUUUUAUAAUCGCAUUAACAGAAGUGACUUCUCUCAUUGAAUCUGCCCUGAGCUCAGUAUUUAGUGCAAUACUCUGAUUAUUUUUCUACUCAUGAUGUUUACAUUCAGCCUGGAUAGUGGCACUCAGGAUAUUUUCUCAGCUGCUGUGAUGAACAUACUGUCAGUCCGGCUGCAGAUGGUUCACUGCCACCAGCCUCACAUCUCCUCCAGGAUGAAAUAAAAGAGCAUGUUUUAAAUUCACGUUUGCCUGUUCUGAUACUGAAGCGCUGGAACUGGAACGUCUUAAUAUUAACACGGCAAAAUAAAAAACGACUGACAAACUGCA